GGGUUAACCGCCAGUGUGAAGGCAGUGAAUGGAAAUCCACCGAGGACUACAGUGCCCAUCCUCUGAUCCUGGUAUGAAAGUCGCUCAGUCACCGAGGACUGAUUAAGUGAGCUGUGUGAGCUGUGAAAUGGAUCUGGACUCGACGUUGGCGUGGUUGAACGCGGCCGUGCCCAAUGUGCCCAAUUACCCGGCCAGCGACGACGAUUCCGAAGAGGAGGUCUUCUUCGGACCGCGGAAAUCGCAUCGAGAACUGCACGGCAAAAACGCAAAGGUGGUGGGUCGACCCACCCUAUAUCCGGCUGAGAUCGCCUCCCACGCCUCAACGACACGAACGCCCUCACUAGACGAAGAGGACGAAAACAACGAUGACCAGCCUGAUGAUCCAGCCGAAAAUGACUCGCUCAUAUCAGCCAAGGACUCGUCUCAGCUCGAUGAUUUGGAGAAUAUCCCACCCACACCGGGCGUGGCACCGCCUCUUUCUCCGUGGUUUCGAUCCAAAUCCAGUUCAUCCAGUCCACCCAAGAAGAGCGUGUCCAUUUCGCCCCUCAAACCUGAGACGAUCGAGUGCGAAACCCCGACAGCCUCAUUUAUGAGCACGCCUUCUCCCUUAAAAGAUCGGUCUAUCAAUCAAAUCAGCUGGGAUCGAUCUCGGAGUCCUCUCAACCAAAUUGGCCGUCAAAAUGGUUCCAAAUCACCCUCGGCCGAUCAGCCUGCGGAGUCCGAUCUCGCCGAAGAGGCAGUCGACCGAUUGAGUGAGUUGCCCACGGCCUCACCGCCUCCACGAGCCCUGGAAAUGAGUCUGAAUUCCAGUACGGCCAGUGAGUGGUUCAAUAACACGCACGACGAGCACAUCUUGUACGAGAAAUUCGGCGAUGACUACGAUGACGUGGUGGCCAAGAUGACCAACCCCGAGAAGCGCCAACUGAAGUUAGAAAUUGCCCAACAAACGCCUAAAACCAUCCUAGAACUCUUAGGCGAGGAGCUCUUGGCCGCAGAAAUGGGCGUUAACACAGCGGGAGAGCCCCCUGCGUUUGACGAAUCAUUGCAAAUCGAACCCGAGCCAAUUGGCAAAGAAAGAGACGAUCAACCAGCGGAACCAAACCCCCGAAUCAGCAUCAAGCCGCCUACGCCCAAACCCCGAACCUUGACCCCACAAAAGCAGCAGCCAUCUCAAGCGAUCGAGGAGCGCAAGAAGUUCCACAAACGACUUAGUGACGAGGUCAAGGACUUUUCACCUCGAUUGGUCCAAUCCUCGGCGGCUCUAAAACUCUUAAAAGAAGAUCUGGCCUUGGCCCUAUCCCCGUACCCGUCGGCAUCCGCGACCAAAACGGCGACCGAAGGAGAGACUCUCGCUCACAAAACCCCCAAAGGGUUUUAUCCCCAGGAUGCGAUGAUCACUCCCACUGUGGGUGACUCCACCCACCACUACGGAACCUAUACCAAGAGUGCCUCUUCGUCUACAUACAAGAAACCGAUUACCUUGGCCCAGCCAGCGGAUGAGAUGUUCAAAACCCCGAACCUGGUCACGCCCCAGAAAUCCGCCUCCGUCCAACGCCGGGAGAAGAUGGGCUUCAACACGCCCUCGAUUCACCGCACGCCGUCUUAUUUGCGCCCAACCUCGGCAUCGAAACAUCGAGCCUCACCCAAGAAGGACCCGAUUACACGAGAGGCCAUGGACAUCUCAGUCUGUCCCCGACAUGGCUACGCCACGUCCCAUCAAGAAGAAACGGAUCACAUGGCUUGUCACGCCUCCCAAAAAUCGGCCAAGAAGCUGCCCUCCUCCAUCGACAUGCGAAAGAUUGUGUCGCCCGUGGGCGAGUACAUCAAACGCCAUCCAGUCCCGCCCAUUCAGAGACAGAUCAAGCCGUUGGUGCGUUCGAAUCAAAGGGCCAUUGCCAGAGCCAUUGCCGCCGAGGCUGAGGCCGGGAAUCAUCAGUCGCCGAUGGAUCAGGAGCCAAUGGAUCGGCAGCCAAUGGAUCGUCAGUUCGCCUCUCUUCCGGAGGCCGUGUACAAAUCCUCCCGGAUCGCUCUGGAAAAGCGAGUGGCCGAUGGGGUCAGACCGGGCAUGGAGUUGCCUAAAUCAUUUGGCAAAGUAGAUGACGUCGAAGCAAUGGUGAUUCGCCAUGUGGGUCGUGAACGUGUUCCUUCCAAUGUGAGGCUCAAUUCGCAAUCCUUGCAAAGAGGCUCGGCCAGUCCAGCCUUGUCGGCGGUGGACGGUUUGGGAGAACGUGGCGUGAUUCGAACCUACGACCGAGAGUCCGUGGCUCCUUUGAACGACAGUAUGUUGGAGAUGAGCAUCCGCGAGGUGAAGAAGAUCUACUUGGGCGAGGACCGCCCGGUUUAGUUAGCCAUUGGGUGCUAGCAAAUACUCCAUUCUUGGAUGGCGAGGACCGCUUUUGAGAGGAACUCGCCUCGUUCUGUAUACUUUAUGUAUAAAUUUGAGUGAUACACUGCCCACUUUUGUACAACACUAUUGUUCCAGCCAACAUUGAGGACCAUUUAUUUCUUAACGCUACUUUCAACAAUGAUGAUACCAAAUGUA